AUGUCUACGCUAGAAAUCGAAGCUCGAGAUGUGAUUAAAACUGUGCUUCAGUUCUGCAAAGAAAAUUCAUUGCAUCAGACAUUUCAAACUCUACAGAAUGAGUGUCAGGUUUCUCUGAAUACUGUUGACAGCAUUGAAACAUUUGUUGCUGAUAUUAAUAGUGGAAGAUGGGAUGCAAUUUUGCCGCAAGUUUCUCAACUUAAGCUUCCGAGGAAUAAGUUGGAGGAUUUGUAUGAACAGAUUGUAUUAGAAAUGAUUGAACUUAGAGAAUUGGAUACUGCACGCUCUAUUUUAAGACAAACACAGGUUAUGGGUGUCAUGAAACAAGAGCAAGCUGAAAGAUAUUUGCGUCUUGAGCAUCUUCUAGUUAGAACGUAUUUUGACCCAAAUGAGGCUUAUCAAGAGGCAACAAAAGAGAAGCGACGUGCGCUAAUAGCCCAAGCUAUUGCAGCCGAAGUGACUGUGGUGCCACCUUCCCGAUUAAUGGCUUUAAUUGGUCAGGCUUUGAAAUGGCAGCAGCAUCAAGGUUUACUUCCUCCUGGAACACAGUUUGAUUUGUUUCGUGGAACAGCUGCUAUGAAACAAGAUGUUGAUGACAUGUAUCCAACCACUCUUUCUCACACUAUAAAGUUUGGGGCAAAAAGUCAUGCAGAAUGCGCUCGCUUUUCCCCAGAUGGGCAAUUUCUCGUAUCAUGUUCGGUUGAUGGGUUUAUUGAGGUCUGGGAUUACAUAAGUGGAAAACUGAAGAAAGACCUCCAGUACCAAGCAGAUGAAGUAUUCAUGAUGCAUGAUGAUCCGGUGCUCUGUGUAGACUUUAGCAGAGAUUCAGAGAUGAUUGCGUCUGGGUCACAAGAUGGAAAGAUUAAAGUGUGGCGUAUUAGGACCGGUCAAUGCUUGCGGCGUCUUGAGCGCGCACAUUCCCAAGGUGUUACAAGUCUUUCCUUUUCACGUGAUGGAAGCCAGUUAUUAAGUACUUCGUUUGACAGCACUGCAAGAAUCCAUGGACUUAAAUCUGGAAAGAUGUUGAAAGAGUUCCGAGGCCAUACAUCUUAUGUGAACGAUGCAACUUUCACUCAUGAUGGGAGUCGUGUUAUUACUGCAUCCAGUGAUUGUACAGUCAAGGUUUGGGAUUUGAAGACUACAGACUGCAUACAAACAUUUAAGCCACCUCCUCCUUUAAGGGGAGGAGAUGCCUCAGUUAACUCUGUUUACAUUUUUCCCAAAAGUACCGAGCACAUUGUUGUUUGUAACAAAACCUCAUCAAUAUACAUCAUGACACUUCAGGGACAGGUUGUAAAGAGUUUCUCAUCUGGUAAAAGAGAAGGCGGGGACUUUGUUGCAGCCUGUAUUUCACCUAAGGGGGAAUGGAUUUACUGUGUUGGUGAAGACAGGAAUAUGUACUGCUUCAGCUAUCAAUCUGGCAAAUUGGAGCAUCUGAUGAAGGUCCAUGAAAAGGAAAUUAUUGGUGUUACUCAUCAUCCACAUAGGAAUCUUGUUGCAACUUUCAGUGAAGACGGAACAAUGAAGUUGUGGAAACCUUGA